CGCAAUAGCAGCGAACGAGGGCGUCAUCAUGAGGUCACUGCAGGAGAAGGGGAAAGGGGCGGGAGGGCGCUCCCUUCAGGGGAGGAGCCCUUUCACCCGGCCCUCGAAGCGGCACCUUCUCUCUCUUCACCGGAGUUUCUCUAGAGCCUCCUCCCUCGGAAAAGACCUCUUCCAGCUGCCACCACAGAAAGCUCUGUUUUCAAUCCGGGGUUUUGAAGUUUAGGCUCUGGUCACUAUGAGACUCUCUGGAAGCCCUGCCCCCAGUUUUAAGUUUCAUCCAAUAAAGAACCUAAAGGAGGGGCCGGCAGGAGGUUCAGUGACGCAAUGCAGAUUGAUUGGCAUUCAGGCCAUCGACGUCCUGGAUUAGCCCCGAGAUUCGCCAAUCCAAAGGCAGGGGUGGGACGGUGCAGGCGCAGAGGAUUGGGUUUGGCUGGACUCGAUUUAAAGGGACAGAAGCUGUCGGGGUCCAAGAAGACGGUACCCACGACCCUCCCCCCAAGUCCUUGGGACCACUUGGGUCCCCAAAGCUGGGGAGAUGGUUUGCGGAGGCUUUGCCUGCUCCAAGAAUGCGCUGUGCGCGCUCAACGUAGUCUACAUGCUGGUAGGCUUGUUGCUUAUUGGAGUGGCUGCUUGGGCUAAGGGCCUGGGUCUGGUGUCCAGCAUCCACAUCAUCGGAGGAGUCAUUGCUGUGGGAGUCUUCCUUCUUCUCAUCGCGGUGGCUGGACUGGUGGGUGCUGUCAACCACCACCAAGUACUGCUGUUCUUUUACAUGAUCAUCCUUGGUUUGGUCUUCGUCUUCCAGUUUGGAAUCUCUUGCUCAUGUCUGGCUAUUAACCUAAGCAAACAGACAGAUGUCAUCAAUGCUUCCUGGUGGGUGAUGAGCAACAAGACCCGGGAUGAACUGGAAAGAAGUUUUGAUUGCUGUGGCUUGUUCAACCUCACAACCCUGGACCAACAAGAUUAUGCUUUCUGCACUGCAAUCUGCAAGAGCCGGAGCCCCACAUGCCAGAUGUGUGGAGAAAAGUUUCUUAAGCAUUCAGAUGAAGCCCUGAAAAUCCUGGGGGGUGUUGGACUCUUCUUUAGCUUUACAGAGAUCCUUGGUGUUUGGCUAGCAAUGAGAUUUCGGAAUCAGAAGGAUCCUCGAGCCAACCCCAGUGCCUUUCUAUGAGACUUUGGAUCCUUCUGACUUCUCUCCUGCUCUCUGCUCUUCCUAAGCUUUUUCUUCCUCCCUUAGGGAAAACCUGGGGUCUAUAGCCCUUUUUGUUUGAGAAAAAGGAAAGGCCCUUUGCCAUGCUCCCUAAAGAUGACUGAAUAGCUAGGCUUUAUGCCUUGACGUGUUUUGUUGGGAGCAAUAUUAUAAGGAAUAAAGAAAAACCUUCCUUCCUCUUUCCCUAAGUGGAUAUGGGAAGCUCCUGGCAGUGCAUGAAAUGGGAUGGGGGUUGGAGUCGUUCCUGGCUGUUUCCCCUCUUCUCCCUUCCACAUACUAGACCAUCUCAACACAUCUUUGCUCCAAGAGUAAAUCAGGGACAGAUCCAGAGAGAAAACCAAGAACUCUUGUAAUAAGCAGGACUCGGUUUGGGGAAGUUCAGUGAAUAUAAAAAUAAAAACCAUUUAAACUC